UCAAUGCAGGAGAUACAGGCUGAAGCUCCACGCUGUUACUGCGCUGAUAUACACACACACACACACACACACACACACACAGCACCAAAUGGAUAAUAACGACUACCUGCAGUUCGGUUCCUCAGUGCAGCUCAAUCACAAUCACCUGAGGCCUCCCCCCUGCCAGCCCCCUAUCAUCUCCAUGGUAACCCAUCACCAUCCGUCCGUCAUCAGUGGCCUGUCAUCCCCCUUCUCAGUCAUCACGUCCUCACUGAGCUCCCCCACAUCCUCCAUGUCCAGCACACCCAGCAUGGGCUACAGUCCACAGAUGUGCUCCCUAAGCAGCUCAGAGGACGUGAAGCCUCCUCCCAGUCUGAGCAACAGCAGCUUCCAAUGCAUCAGUCCAGGCUCCCUGUCCAAACACAUCUGCUCCAUCUGUGGAGAUCGCUCCUCGGGAAAACACUACGGUGUGUUCAGCUGUGAGGGCUGCAAGGGCUUCUUCAAGAGAACAGUACGGAAAGACCUGACAUACACGUGCCGGGACAGUAAAGAGUGUCUGAUAGAUAAAAGGCAGAGGAACCGCUGUCAGUACUGCCGAUAUCAGAAGUGUCUGGCCAUGGGUAUGAAGAGAGAAGCUGUGCAGGAAGAGAGGCAGCGGGGUCGAGAGAAGAUUGAUAACGAGGCUGACUCAAGCAGCGCUUUAAAUGAAGACAUGCCAGUGGAGAAGAUUCUAGACGCUGAAUUAUCUGUGGAGCCAAAAACGGAGGCCUACAUGCAGUCUAACGCAGCAAAUGCAACCAAUGACCCCGUCACCAACAUCUGCCAGGCAGCCGAUAAACAGCUGUUCACUCUGGUGGAGUGGGCCAAGCGCAUCCCGCACUUCUCUCAGUUACCUCUGGAUGACCAGGUCAUCCUCCUACGAGCAGGCUGGAAUGAGCUGCUGAUUGCCUCGUUCUCUCAUCGCUCUGUGGCAGUGAAGGACGGUAUUCUGCUGGCCACCGGCCUGCAUGUCCACCGCAGCAGUGCCCACAGUGCAGGAGUGGGCUCCAUCUUCGACAGGGUGCUGUCUGAGCUGGUGUCUAAAAUGAAGGACAUGCAGAUGGAUAAGACAGAGCUGGGCUGCCUCAGAGCCAUCAUACUCUUUAACCCAGAUGCCAAAGGCUUGUCCAAUCCAACUGAGGUGGAGACGCUGAGGGAAAAGGUUUACGCUUCGCUCGAGUCCUACACCAAACACAAAUAUCCUCAUCAGCCUGGCAGGUUUGCUAAGCUGCUGCUGAGGCUUCCAGCUCUUCGCUCCAUCGGCCUGAAGUGCCUCGAGCAUUUGUUCUUCUUCAAGCUCAUCGGAGACACGCCCAUCGACACGUUCCUCAUGGAGAUGCUUGAAGCUCCUCACCAAAUCACAUGACCCCAGCCGCACCCCUGUAAAUACCCCCCUCUGCACAAACUCACCCCAGCGUAACAUACUCGUCCUUCUUUUGUACUACAGUGUGGAUAAAAGAUUUGUAUUAGUACUGCUAAUUCGUGUACAUAUUGGAUGCAAAAUCUUUGUAAAAAUGAUAAUGACAUGAGAUAUUGUUGUUUUUAAAGAAAAAGAGUGUUAAAGUAAGCCGUAGAGCAUUAGAAGCUUUUAUUUUUGUUACAAAGAUUUGACCUUAUAUGGCGCCACCUAUGUAACACAGUGGAGAAUUAUUCUAUUCAGUGUAUAAAACAGUCACUGCCAUCAAAUGUUUAUGCUAACAUGCAUUUUAUAGAGCACUAUGGAAAUAAAAAAAGUUUUAAACUGCA